AUGUAUAAGGUGUCCAUCGAUUUGUUAUUAGACCAAGGGCAAGACUGCGAUGCAGGAGGUCAAUAUUUUAUACUUGACCUCGACAAGCAUAACUCGUCCUCGGCGCCGAUUGCUUCUUCUUCGAACACUGACAAACCAAUCUCUUCUUGUCCUGAAAAUGCGGAACCAAUCACUUCCUGCACCCGUGAUGUGGAACCAAUCACUUCUACCAGAACAGGUACUUUAGAACCGGUAGCUUGCAGUUCUAGUAGUCCUCAUUUUCACAUUGCUGGAGUAGCACCCUCUUGUUCUCACGAACGAGUUAUCGCGAGUUCCUCAACAGAUCACUCAAAUCAAUCGAAUUCAAAAUUCUGCUUCACUGAGAGCAAUAAAGGAGGUAGUAUUUUACACAAGGAUGGUCAUAGGUAUCGUAUAAGUAAGAUUAAUAAAAAUUUAACUUCUCUGUGGAUUUGCACCACGAAAACCUGUAAGGCAUCAGUAACUUUAAAUAUAUUGAAAGAUGGUGUAAUUCGAGAAACAUCUCACACUUGCUUGCCAGAUUAUAAAGGGGAACAUGUUGCUAAGGCGCUGUCUGAAUGUCGCAAGAGGGUUAGAACUUGUAUGAAACCUAUACCAACUGUGUACGAGGAAACUAUGUCUCAUUUAAAAUCACAAGAUUUUGCUGACGAAAUACCUAUUUUAAAAAAUAUUAAAAGCUCCCUUUAUAGAUGUCGCAACAAAUUUCUUGAUGUUGAAAAAACAUCUUUUAAAACUCUCAGUGAAGUUAAAAUAUCAGAGACUUUUGGCAAAGAUUUUUUAAUGUUUGAUGAUGGAACUGAUGAGAAAAUAUUGUGUUUUAUUUCGCAAAAGUGCAAAAGUGUGUUCCCAAAUUUGAGCCACGUAUUUUUAGAUGGAACUUUUAAGGUAGUUCCCAAACCUUUUUAUCAAAUUUAUACAAUACAUGGUGAUUUGGGUAACGGCACUGUCGUUCCUUUAUUAUAUGCCCUUUUGCCAAAUAAAACACAAGAAACGUAUAAAAGAUUAUUUAAUCUUAUAAAGGAAAAAAAUCCUGAUUUUCGGCCAACUAACUUCAAAAUUGAUUUCGAAAAAGCCGCAAUCAAUGCUAUAAAUGAGAUAUUUCCUGAAGCCGUGGUAAACGGCUGCUUUUUUCAUUAUAGCCAGGCAAUUUGGAAAAAGGGCAAAAAGCUCGGGUUCACAGAGACAGAGGGUGGUAAAAAAUUUAUUGGGCUAUGUGCUGCUAUGGCCUACCUUCCACAUGAUCAUAUACCUGAAGCGUGGCUGUACCUACUGCAUAACGUCCCAAAUGGAGCCGCUGCAACAGCUUUCACCGAUUAUAUGUCCAAUCAAUGGAUUAAAAAUAGUAAUCUUUUCACAUGUCACGGGGAUGUGUACAGAACCACAAAUCAUGUGGAAGGUUGGCACAAUCGGCUCAAUAGAAGAAUCACAAAAAAUCCGUCACUUUAUCACAUCAUAGAUGUAUUAAAAGGAGAGGCUAUUGAAUCAGAUUUUAAAAUAGAUCAAUUGAAUAAUCACGUCCAUGAAAACGUGCCUAAAAAGCGACGCAAAACUGACAAUAAAGAUCUGGUCAUUACAAAAAUUAUUGAUGAUUUUCUGGGUAAAAAAAUUGAAAUUGGUAUUUGUCUGCAGCGGCUGGCUAAUGUCAAAAUAAUAUGUAAAAAAAAGUAAGGGAUUACGUCUUAUUUAUUUAAGUUUUAAUUAUUUACACACUUUUUAUUUUUA